GCAGGGGAGGGACCAAUCGGGGCUCUUUCUGAGCUGCAACUGUCUGCUGCAAAAAAGGACUGCACCUCACUUUUAAAUUGUUGUGAUUCUCAGAACGCUGGGCGCAACUGACUGCGGGAGGAAUCACGCGGAGCCUAAAACCAGCCCCUUGACCUAUUCAGCCAGCCCCGCCCACUCUCUAGCUGCAGGCCAGGCCAGGCCAGGCCAGGCCAGGCAGCCAGAGCGAGAGGAUGGAAGCUGGAGAGAGAGCCGGGAAAAGGCAAGUCUCCUUGGGCAAGGCAGCCUGCAUCCUCACUGGGGCAUCCCGGGGCUUCGGCCGGUGCCUGGCACUGCUGCUGGCCCCGCGGCUGGAGACUGGCUCCGUCCUGAUCCCAGUGGCCCGAUCCCAGGGGGGCUUGGCCGAGCUGGAGGCUGAGCUGCGCUCCACUUUCCCCAGCUUGAACGUGCAUUCCGUGCAGGCCGACCUGAGCACGGAGGACGGGCUACAGCUGGUGCUCCGAGCAGUCCAGGACAAGCUGCCUGCAGUGGCUAAUCUGGAGCGGCUCCUCAUCAUCAACAAUGCAGGAUCACUUGGAGACAUUUCCAAAUCCUUUGUGGACUUCACCAGCCCAGCCGAAGUCAACAGCUACUUUGCCCUCAAUGUCACCUCGGCUCUCUGCCUCACAUCCUCCAUCCUGAAGGCCUUCCCAGGGCACCCUGGCUUGUGCAAGACUGUUGUGAACAUCUCUUCACUGUGUGCCCUGAAGCCCUUCAAGAGCUGGACGUUGUACUGCACGGGGAAGGCCUCGCGGGACAUGAUGUUCCAGGUGCUGGCACUUGAGAAGCCGGACGUCCGCGUUCUCAGCUAUGCCCCAGGGCCUCUGGACACGGAAAUGCAGCAGCUGGCCCGCACGAAGUCCGGAGACCCGGAAGUGCGGGAGCAGUUCCUCCGCAUGAAGCAGGGCGGGCAGCUGCUGGACUGCAGCGUGUCCGCCCGAAAGCUAGUGACGCUGCUGCUGGAGGACACCUUCGCCUCUGGGGCGCACCUGGACUUCUAUGAAGUCUAACCCGCCACGCUUCCCCCCACCCCACACACGCCUCCGCGUCCGCGGCUGUGACCGAGCUGCCUAUAAAAUGGCCGCGGCUUGUGACUCUCCGUUCUAAGCCCACCGGGCGGAGAGCGGACCGCCAGGAAGAGGGGCCCUGCCCGGGGAGCUGUGGGAGCCCCGGACAGGUCACAGGGGCAGCAGCCAGGCCGGCCUGGAAGAAGCAGAGGGGGCAGCAGCACGGGCUGGGGGGGGGCCCACAAACCGCGCGGCCACCCUGGUAACCCCCGCCGCCCAGGGCGCCCCCAGGUGGCUCAUCCCCGGGGCGGGGGGUUGAGGUGCCCCAGGGUCUCGGGCGUGGCGGCCGCCGGUAGCGCGGGGCAGGGCCCUCCCGAGGCCGCAGCGCUCCUCAGGCCGGGCCUCCGCCGCGGUGACCGCUGAGCCACCCCCAGCCCGCUAAGGCGUUGGCUCGCCUUGGCAGAGCCCGGGGUCCCUCCCGCCCCCCGGGACCGGCUUUCCCUCCCCGGGCGCCCCCCUCGGACUCCGCCAUGGGGUGGGGCCCGGCCCGGCCCCUGACUCUGCUCUCCCGCCUCAGUGCUCCUCUCGGGGCGGGCCGCGGCUCGGCAGCGCGCACGUGGGAGCAGGAGCCGUUCCGCCUCCAGCAGGGACACUGGCUGCAAGGAGAAGUCGUGAAAUCAGAGUAACAGGAGUUCCCUUAAUACACCGGCCAGUGAUGGCAGGGGCUGGCAGGACAGUUAAGGGCAGCCUUGCAAAACGUUUCACCCACUUCCUCAGAAAGAGGAGUUGUUUAAAGGGGCAAGUGAAAUGUCAUUGAUAAAAUAAUAAUAAUUAAUAAUCAUUAUGGUAAAGGAUGAGCAAGUGUGUUUUAUGGCUGGGCUGGGCAAUUUUCAUGACCGUAUGCAGGUCUGGUUAACCCUGAAGCAUUUUUAAGAAGGUGGAAAGUUGACUGUCCAUUCCUGUGACAUCAACUUUGUACAUCUUUGAAACAGGACACACCCCAGGACUCUGAGGCUUGCAAGUGAAUACCUGCUAAAAGAUAUACAUAUGGUAUAAGCCACAAAAUUGUGUUUCUUCUGGCUAAGCUAUUACCCAUUCCUUAGACUGUUAUUGCUGUUCAGGGUAGGGACUAUAUGUUAUGUUUGUACAUCACCCAGCCCACAAUGAAGCUAGAGCAUGUAGAUGCUUCUGCAAUACAAAUUUAGUAAGUCUGCUUAUCAUGGAGGUGGGGGGGGCUUGGUCCUUCGGGCUUGAUGCCUUAUUCCUGGGAAAAUUGGUAUUACAUGCAGAGACUAUGACUUUAAGUUUUUACAAACUGGAAUAGAAUUUUGAAAUUAUAUUGUGCUUCUCAUAUUCCUAGUAUCUCAUCUACUUUACAAAGCAAUGAAUGGGAUGCAUAUGUGCAAGAACAGUGUAAAUAAACAAGAAUCAGAUGCUCA